AUGUCCUCAUCACCAAACGAGUCAAAGGCUCUGUGUGACUACCUCGGGAUAGAGGAGGAGGUGGACUAUGGUAGCGAUACCAGUGUCCGCGGUGAUACAGGGACAAUGUCCGGCUCACUGAUGCCUGAGGCACAACUUUCGAACACCCCAAAUCCGUUCGCUGAACGUGGAGGUGCGAGCGCGCCACCAGCGCAGUAUGCAGCGUCUGGGUCUGAUGAGACUAUCAUCACGAACCCGCUCGAUUAG